AUGGCCGUCCCCGCCGGCGGACCAUGCGAUGCGGAGCCCGUGCUUACGGCGUUAGACUUCCUAACACGGGGCAAGCAGAUCGCUUCUGUUGCCCCACCGAUUGCGUCGACCUCUGCUGCGGUCCCUUUGCCCGAAGGCGAUGCUCCAAUCUCGGUAAAUGGCGAUCAUUCCGUGCCAUCAACCGCUACCCCUACUACGCUAGUAACUUCUCGGAUGCCAGACAACGGUGCAAAUAAGAGCAUCCCUGCAGUAUCUGUCGCUACUACCUCUCUCAGUGCUAACCCCGUCUUGCCCGACAGAUCAUUAAAGAAGCGGUAUAAGCAGCGGGUUCUCACCGUUUUACGUCCGGGCGGUCCGACUCAGCCAGCACCGUCAGUUCUUCCGCCUCCCGCAGAGCCUGAACCCGCGAAUGAAGACUUCGAAGAUCCGAAAGGCAAGCAGCUGUCGGUUGAGGAGCUUCAGUUGAAGUGCAAGCAGCAGUGGCAGCGGUAUUUUCCUUGGCUUCUCAUCUCCGAAAACAAGGCCGGUCGCCCCUGCAUGCGCUGCAGCGUCUGCAUGGUCUUCGGGGACCCCAACUACAAAUACGGGCGCAACGGCGAUGGUGGCAUCGACAUUCAGAAGCAGACGAUGCGCAAGCAUCACCACAGUCUGAAACAUGAGGCCGCGGUCUUGAGGAAGGAGGAGCGCGACGGCGUGAAGAAAGUGCAGAAGUCCAUUGCUGACUUCCACCGGGGGGACGAUGAUGUCAAGCGUCUUGCUCGCUUAAUGGCUAUCGUGUUAUUCAUUUGCAAGUCUGACGCUCCCAUUGUGCUAUUCGUGGCUUUGGUUCAGUUCAUGGCAGAGCAGGGGACUCGGGAUCUGCCCCUGAAGGAGAACGGGACGUACUACAGCGAGGAGGCCUUGGCGGCCAAGGAUGCUGCCACCGCGCAUCCGGACUUCAACAUCGUGGACAAGGUGGUCCGUGCCGUAGCAGAGAACCUUGGUCGCUCUUCUGUUAAUCACGCCCGCUUUCAAGAGCUUCAGGAGGUCAUUUGCGAGACCCACCUCGAAGUCCAAGGCAUCAAGGACGUCCGAUGGUUGUCUCGUGGUGACGCCAUCCAGCGCCUGGUGAAGGUGUUUCCUGCAGCAGUGAUGGUCUUGCACGAGACAAACAAGAAGAUGUAUCAAGUCGUAACGAGCUACAAAUUCCAUUUCCUGCUGUUCUUCCUUGCUGAUGUCCUGAAGGAGCUCAACCUUCUCAGCUUGAAGUUUCAGCGGCGCCAGGUCGACGCAACCCAUGUGCUGCCGAUGGUGCACAACACCACCUUACUGCUGCGCACACGUUACCUCGACUGUGACGACGCGACUUUUGGCCAGGGUGGAGAUGCGUUGGGCCCGUUCCUCGAUAAGCACGCAUCAGGGGAGUUCCGUGAGGUCCUCGUUGCUGGCACAGCUUCCGACGGCACAUCGGUCAGCCAUCGAUACCGACUGCACGAGGAGAAAAUCAAGGGGCAGAAAAGUGGUGUGGACCACCAAGCGUGUUUGGGGCUGGCGCGCGAGUUCAUCACGACCUUGGUUGGUCGGCUCGACUACCGCCUCAAGGAUCUUUCACACCUCGACGGGGCGAAGCUGUUCAAGCAGGGAUCGUAUCCCAAGAACCAGGCAAAGCGUGAGCGAAGGCUAGGCCAAUGGCUCCAGUCUCUGCGCAACAUGUUCAAGAAGAAGCCAGAAGACCCUGAUACUCUACCAGGUGCGUCAAAUGCCGGGAAUGUGCUGCUAUAG